UCGAAUGCAGCUUGCAGAAGCAGAGUUGCUCUAUAUCAAGGAGGUAGAGAAGCUGGAUGGUUUUGGACAGGAGAGCUUUGCUGCUAAGGUAUGUCUACACACACACACACACACAUACACACACACACCACCACAUUAUUUUCCAUACUUUAAUACAGAAGUAUUUGUUUCACAGGACAUCUACACCAAUGACAUCUUCCUUGGUGUGUCCUUCAUCGGAGUCUUCGUCAAACACAGGAACGGCAGGUCCAUCAUGCACCACAGGUGGGUCUUCCUCUCACCUCUGACCCCUCGACACCUUUUGCUAUUGGUUAGGUUUGCCUUGCUAAAGGAAAUAAGUAACAUUAACCUCUACUAAACUGUAUGUAUAUGUGUCCCUGUGUGGGUGUGUUUGUUUGUUUGUGGGUGUGCGUGCGUGCGUGCAUGCCUGUGGAUCUGUGCACAUGCAUGGGUGUGUGUGUGUGUGUGGGGUCUGUCUGUGUGUGUGUGUGUGUGUGUGUGUGUGCGUGUGUGUGAGACAGAUGGAAAGACAUUGGUAACAUAGCGCACAACAAGUCGGCCAUCACAGUAGAGAUAACCAGUAAAGACGACACCAUCACGUUUCACACGGUGAGUGUCGUGUCUAACAACGGAACACACAAAGGCCUUCGCACGGGAAACUGAUAAAUAUACACACACACACACUCGGAUACGAUGUGGGGGGAGGAGGUUUCCCUUUUGGAAAAUAUUUGCCAUUUGUAUCACAUUAUACAAUAGAAAUCAUUUCUAAAUGUGCCAGUCAUAAACACCCAAUGUUGUGUGUAACCCUACAAUAAAGAAGCUGAAAUGUUGAUGUUGUGUGUCAUGGUGUGUUGACAUCGUGUACAUGUGUUGUGUGUCGUGGUGUGUGUGUGUGUCCACAGGAUGACAUAGAGCUGUCCAAGUACAUCGCUCGGCUCUUCACGGCCAGACACAAGUUCUACAAACAGAACAAGAUCUGUGCAGAGUGAGUCUUAACAUGAACUUCAAAGUUAUACUGUCAGGUUUCCACAAUGGCGAACGUGCAUAAAGACGGUAGAAUUCAGAUAUGACGUCAUUGCUUUAGCAUUAUCCACUGAGUUUUUAAACUAUGGUUCGCGCAUGGUUCAAUGUGUCAAUAAAUCAGCAUAAUCUACUUUUUUGUUUUUUCAAAUUGCCGGCAUCUUGAAGCAAAAAUUGGGAUCAUGUAUACUCUGCUAAUGACCAUGCAAGAAAAGAGUAAUGGAGAGCAUUGUACAAUAUGGCGAACUUAGCUAAACUAGGAAUUUGUGGUAAGUGCAUGGGGGCCACCAUCUUUAUUAGUGAUGGGUCGUUUGCGAACGAACAGCACUUUUUGAACAGAUCUUUCUUGGUGAACGUCGGGAAGUGAUUCGCAUCGGUGAAAGAGACGUUCGUUUGGCUCCUUGAUUUGCAUAAUGCUACUACUGCUUUUUGAUCUUAUCUGCAGAUAAGUUACAAAAUAAUUCUCUAAGAGGGUGAAUCCUCACUGCAGAAAAAAUUAUUACUGCGCGUCAAUUUGGUCCACGCUGAUUUUUUCAUUUUUUUUUUGCAGGCCAUCUAAUAAUUUAGCCAGGUCAACAUUUAUUUGAAUGCGCAUUUCACGAUCUGACAUAAUGAUAGCCUACCUUUUGGGCUGUACAUUGGAGAUUAGCAAUUUUUUCAUGACUCUAGGUCGAUUUUUAAGCAUUAUGAACGAAGAGCCGUUUGGGAGCCAAAUGCUCUUUUAUGUGAAUGGAGCCAAAUGAGCCAGCUCACCGAAAAGACUCGGAAUGCCCAUCACAAAUCUUUAUGCACCUCUGCUAUUGCUCCUGGAACAAUGCUCCAUCUCUGUACCAUACUGCCUCUAGUGGUCAACAGAUAUCCCUUCAUGUGUAACAAGUAACAUCUCCCUCGCCCCCUUUCUCCAUCUCUCUCCCUUUCUCUCUUUCUCUCCCUCAAUUUGUCUCUCUCUCUCUUUCUCUCUCUCUCUGUCUCUCUCUCCUUAGACCCGCCCACUCCCCUGCACCUAUCAGGAGGCGCCCCACCUGGAACCCCCGCCUCUCUCUGGUACUGUCAAUCACUCAGUCAUGUCUGAUUUGUUUGGCUCCUCUUGCAUGUUAGAUAUUAAUUAGAAAUACAAUAGAUUUUCAAUAGAAGUUCCUUGCUAUCUUUGCUUGCCACCGGUCGAGCUCUGAAGAGUAGAUUGUGUAUUACAGGGUUAGAGUUUUAGUUCAGACUGUAGGAUGAUUUAAAACCCCUCUAUCAGGGCGGCCCUAACCCAGGUGGUGGUGGUGGUGGUGGGUGGUUAGGGCGUUGUUUGAGUGUUGUGUGGCUGUUGUGUGGGCGUUGUUGGGGCGUUGUGUGGGCAUUGUUGGGGCGUUGUGUUUCCGAUGUGACUGACAAUAGAGUCAGUGAUUUCCCUCUCUCCCUCCCUGCUGGUGGGACAAUGAGAGGCUAUAUGUGGCACAAUGGUGGUACAGUCCAAAUCAGACUCUCUGGAGGACCCCAGUCCACUGUGGGAGACCCCUUAGAUCACAGGCUUUAAUUAACCUCUCUCUCUCUCCAUGUCUCCUCUCUCUCUCUCUCUCUCUUCCUCUCCUCUCUCUCUCUCUCUCUCUCUCUCUCUCUCUCUCUCUCUCUCCUCUCUCUCUCUCUCUCUCUCUCUCUCUCUCUCUCCCUCUCUCUCUCUCUGUCUCUCUCUAGCCACGGCCCCAGUCCUGUAUCCUCCAACCAUUGCACUCCCAGUAUGCAGAGCAUUACCAGGACACACAGAGCUCUCAAGGUACUGGACAAAUACACAUUUACAUGACUUUUACAUUUUGGUCAUGUAGGUUACAGUUCAACACGGGACUCAUGUAUGACGCUUAUCUCCUUUAUACUGUAUAACAUUCACUUAUAUCAUCAUCAGUCACAAUCACUGCUCCAUCUGGCUUAUAACCUGAAGUAUUCUUGAUAUGAUUUAACUCAUUCAAGUGUUUACUCCUUCCACGCUUUGUUUUAAUGAAUAAAGCCACUCACAGCUAAAUAGAUGUAUCCAUCUACACAGGAAGUCCUUGUAUGGUCAUAAAGGUCAACCGUUAAAUCAAGCUCACUAUGUAUUUCCCAGCAGUAGUAUGAGUCAAUGUCUAUUUGGGUUUUAACAAUCUCUCAGCCAAUCGGAUCACUUUGUUUGGAGUGCUGAGAAACUGAGUAAUGUGGUGGCGUUCACUCUUUCAUUCUCUCAUUCACCCACUUACUCUGCCCUCUAAUCCAGAGCACUUCAAUCAUGAUCUCUGACACUUUGGAGAAAGGGGGAGAAAACACUGUGUAUGUGUUACCCAGUGUGGGUAACUCUGUGUGGGUGUGUGAUAAUUAUUUGAAGGGUGGCAUCGAUCAUUUGAAAGUGUAUGAAAACAGUAUGUGAAUAUGUGCGUUUGGAUGCUUUCUGUGUGUGUGUGAAUCUGUAAUGCAUUGCUUCUCCUAUGUCUUCCCCCUCCCUUUACAGACAGCAUAUUCCAUGACGACCCCUACUACAAGUCUGAGACCAGUCUGGACCGGUGUCCGGUCGAAUUCGGCUUCCGCAAUGGAACUGUUCCCAACGGCAGCAUGUACAGUAGCCCCAGCCUCAGCUCCCUUAACCACUCCCAAACCUUUGUACAACCUUCGCCCAUCUCCUCUAACCUCAGUAUCCCUGGCAGCGAGCUGAUGCGCCCUGACUACAUCCCUAGUCAUCGCCAUAGUGCCAUCAUCGCCCCUUCCUAUAGGCCCACGCCAGAGUACGAAGCUGUGAUGCGCCAGAAGUGCCACAUGCUCCCCGCCCACCAUGACCUUCACAGCCAAUCACUGAGGAGUCUCAAUAUUAGUAAUGCCUACGCAUAUCGUCAGCCAGAGGCGUUGGUUUAUAGCCAGCCAGAGAUGAGAGAGAGGAGCCCCUAUCCAGGACCAAACCCUUACGCCCCACAGGUCAGCUACAGUAAGCCAGUGAACCCUGCUCCUCACCUGGGCCCCGGAGCCAGUCAGGGCCCCUGUCAGUCUGCAUGUGGAGGAGGAGGAGGGGGUGGGAGCUCCAUCUCUCACACGGUCAGCACGCCUGAACUAGCCAACACCAAACAGGGGGCUACUACAGGGAGCUACGGCGCUACGGCUAACAUGCUGAGGAACCACAUGUCGCGGCCGCCCCCUCCCUACCCGUCCUUCCGACCCGCCACAAGUACCCCGGACCUGGCCAGCCACCGGCACCGCUGCAUGGGCGGCAGCAGCCCUGAGCUGGUCACCCGCAUGGUGCAGCUGUCUGUGAAGACCUUCCAGCCGGACAGCUGUGCCGUGGUGCACCAGUCUCUGCAGGAGGUUAGCGAACCGCUAACGGCGGCUAAGCACCGAUCAGCCCUGGGGAAGAGACACAGCAUGGAAGUGACCAGCAGCAUGAGGGGGGGAGGAGGGGGAGGUAUGGAGGGCAUGGUGGUUCUGAAGGGGAUGGCUGCCCCACUAAACAGGAGGAAUACUCUCAGAGAGCAUGUGAUGCCACCCCAACCUCAGACCCAGCCUCAACUACAACCACCCCAACCCCAAUCUCCACACCAGCCCAAAGAGCUUCCCGUGCAGAGAGCCCCUGAGGCCCCCAUCCCGUCCUCCACGGCGCAGGGGGUGGGCGCAGCCUACCAGCACCAGAAGACACUCUCCAACGCUACCAUGCUGAUCCACAGCAGUGAGAGCGAGGAAGAGGAGGAGGAGGAAGAGGAGAGGCCUGAGCUGGACGUUCAGAUCCCAGGUCUGAAUGAGGACAUUAAUGCCCAGCUCCAGGCCGCCCUUGCCAAGCUCCCCAACAAGCCCCCUCCGGAGUACCCCGGCCCCCAUAGACCAGCCACCAGCGCCCCCCUCCGCUCCCGCGAUCACAGCCACCCUCACCACCACAACCAGGGACACCAGACCCAGGGAACCAAGGACCCAUGCCAAGCCCAGGCCCGGGUGCUGAAAGCUGGGCAGAGUCAAGGCGGUGUAGGGGGUGGUGGUGGUGGUACCCUGACCCGUGGGGAUCAGGCUGGGAUGAAUGGGGCAGUUCUGGGGCCGUCAAUCUCUGAACCAGACCUGACCAGUGUGAAGGAGAGGGUCCGGAAGGAGCCAGUCAAAGAGAGGCCAGUGUCUGAGAUGUUCUCUCUUGAGGAUAGCAUAGUGGAGAGAGAGAUUGCACAGAGGGUAAGAUACACAUUACUCCAAUCUAUUCUAUUAAAUCUAUUAUAUUCUAGAUUCUAUUCUGGUCUGUAGAAAACAAAAAUAUACUGUAUGUCUGUAAUGUGGGGAAAAUGUAUUCUGUAUGAAUCCAUUGUUAUAACAUGGCUUUAGAAAUUGUUACAACAACCGUCACAUAUCCACUUCAUCAAUUCACUUCAUUAAGUCCUCCUCAAUAGUCCAAGGCUUUGAGGAAGUAAACAGUGUAAUGCUGUAUGUGGCCAAUAGAGAGAGGUGCUCAGACCUGUACAGUACAGCAGGUGAGUGAACCGUGCCUAAAAGAAAGAUGUGUUUAAGAUAUGUCUAAAACAUCACCCUUGCUGUAAACAAACAAACAGUUUGGACUUUGUCUAAAGUGUACUUUCCCAGUAAGUGAUUAACACAGUAAUCUGGAGUUCAGCACCUGAGGGUAACAUUAGGUUCCAGUCCUUACAGCUUAUCACCAUUAAUCCAUUAGAUUAUGCUUUGGGGUGGGGGGUUGUUGUGUUGCACUGUUGUUCGCUGUUAAGACAAUAACAUUUGACACAGUACUAAUGUCCAGGUCUGUAGUUAAAACAUGUAAUUGGCCUCAUGCUGUGCUGUGCUGUGCGUGCGCGUGCAUGCGUGUUUGUUUGCAUGUUGAAAGUCCCCAUUCUUUCCACUCAACUUUAAAGCCUCCCUGUCCAGCCACCCUUUACUUUCCAUAUGGCUAUAUGCCCCUAUAUGUUUUCUCCAUUAUACCUAUCCCCCUCUCAUCCGUAAGCCUAUAGCGCCCAUACGUCUACCCACCCCCAUUCUCCCCCACCUGCUCCCCUAUAGAUUUUGGCCAGACCCUAAGGGUUCCCCCCUGACCCCCAAGCUGUUGUUUGGGCUGAUCCAGGAGGGCUGAAGGGGGGAGAGGUGGAGGGGAGAUUAGGAGAAGUAAUCCUGGAGGGAGGGACCAGGCAAUGUGGGCCAUGGGUUUGGUGUCUCAGAGAGAAGAAGGAAAAGAAAGAAAGGAAAAACGAGAGAGAGAGAGAGAGAGAGAGAGAGAGAGAGAGAGAGAGAGAGAGAGAGAGAGAGAGAGAGAGAGGGGGAAAGAGAGAGGGGGAGGAUAGUACGAGAGGAGGGAGUGAAGAGAGGAAAGAAAGAGAGACAGAGAGAGAAGAGAAGCAACAGGUCUAGUCUGUAACGAGCUCAGACAAUGUGGUCAGAUAGAUCAGGGGAGUGAGUCUUCUGUAGGACAAUGUGGUCAGAUAGAUCAGGGGAGUGAGUCUUCUGUAGGAUCCAUAGACAGACAGUCUACAGCUAGCAGAGCAUCAGGUCUACUCCUUCGCCAAGGGCACCCAGGACAGAUCAGCAAAGUUUAGCAACAAACAGAUCUAAUCUACACACUCACCAGGGCGGGUACAGUUCAGUCUUUGCAUCGCUACAGUAACCGUAACCAUGACAGCGGGCUUGUCCUCUUUCCUGAAGACGCUGGAGAGACAGAAGAUGUCGGUGGACUCCAUGAAGAGACCUCUGAUGAUGGCGGCCCUCAACGGGCUCUAUGUAGCCAGGGUGCCUGUACCAGAGAACCCCCGGGAGGAUGGGUCCAAGGCUGCUGAUGAACGGGUAAGACAACACCAACAGGGGAGAGGGGGGCGACACAGUGUCAGAAAGUACCUGAGAUUCCGGGGGUCUGGUUUUCUACUUACUUACUAUAUUUUCUACUUACUAUACUCACCCCAUAGUUCUGUUUUUUGUAUUUUAUUAGGAUCCCCAUUAGCUGUUGCGAAAGCAGCAGCUACUGUUCCUUGGGUAAACCUUCACCUGUGCACAUUAUCAACCACCAUGGCUAGUGUUAUUAACUAACAUAUUGUUGUCCUUUAGCAUUGUUUGGCUGUGUAGGUUAGGCUACAGUAGAGCAGUAUUUCAUGGCUAACACAGCUAGCAGUGGUUGUCGGUCUGCUGCACCAGACCAGACAGUUGAGCUGGGAGGUGUGAAACACAGCCUUUGUCCCAGGCGUUGCUAGGCUAGCGGGGACUAGCAGAGCGCUAAGUGGGCUGUGGAACGUGUGGCAUGACCGUGCUUAUCGCCUCUGGGCCCGCUGCUAUGUCAGGAAUGUGACCCAGGGGGGAGAGAGAGAGAGAGAGACAGACAGACUCCCCCCAGCCCCUGACUGCAUACCCUCUCACUCACAGCCCAGCCACAAUAAGCCCCAGCCCAACAACACAUUCCACUGACUCCGCCACACAUAGAAGACUGUGGGGAUGGAGAAUAGGAAUUCAUAGUGUAGGUAGGGUCAUAUGGGUUGGAAUGUUUUAGGAUGGAUUAUCAAAAAGUUGCAUUAUAGACAUUUUGGAAUUGAGUGAGAGUCCUAUCACUGGCGUGUCACUCUGGAAUUCAACUAAACUCUUUACAUGUCCUUUCAUCCCUCUCAUUUAUUCCCUCUCUUCUAUCUCUCUCCAUCCUGCCCUCACCCUCUCUCUCCAGUGUAAGACCCUAGAGUUUAAGUUGGAGGAGGAGAGGGUCUUCACGGAGUACGAGCAGAUUCCGAAGAAGAGGGCCGACUGCGUGGUCACCACGGCAACGCUGGCCGACAACGGCGAGCGGAACCGGUUCCGUGACGUGGUUCCGUACGAGGAGAACCGGGUGGAGCUGGUUCCCAACAAGGAGAACAACACAGGCUACAUCAAUGCUUCACACAUCAAGGUGGGGUCAGGACACAGAGUCUACUCAAGUAGACUGAUCAGAGUUAACUUAAGUAUAUCCCUUUGCUCUAACUAACUCAAGUAUUGUUUAGUAUGCUGCUGUAACCAAGUGUAAGUGUGGAAAAACCUUUUCACCUAUCCAGUCCUUUUAGAUUAGUGGUCACCUUUGAGGAAGGAAGGAAGGAGGGAGGGAGGGAGGGAGGGAAGGAAGGAAUCAAGGAAGGAAGUAAAUUGGUCCUUUAAAGACUAUUUAUACAUAUUCUCUACAUCUACAAAUUAUAGACUCAAUGGAAUUCCCUGGGAAUGUGGUCCAAACCCCAAACCCUCUUAAAUGAGCUUGAGCUGUUCUCUCACUUUGUGCCCAUGCUCUUAGCUCCUCAGUGUGUGUGAAUGGAAUGCUAACUCAGUGCUGAAUCAUGGCCUAAUAACAUGUAAACCUCUUAUUUCAGUCAUCUGAGGUAGUUGAGGACAAAAGCCCCUGUUUGUUCCUGAACACUGUGUUUAUGGUCACGAGGUGGCCUGAUCACUCAGCUGGUUGCAUUGGGUUGGGAUUUUAUUUUUAGUCAUUUAGCAGAUGCUCUUAUCCAGAGCGACUUACAUGAGCAAUUAGGGUUAAGUUCCUUGCUCAAGGGCACAUCGACAGAUUUUUCACCUAGUCGACUCAGGGAUUAGAACCAGCGACCUUUCGGUUACUGGCACAACGCUCUUGACCACUAAGCUACCUGUGUUGCAUUCAUGGCCAUUACGUAAUGGCACUCCAUUUCCAGCCCCUAGUUAAUAUGGGCUUCCUGAGGUGUUGAGGGUGAAAGUGUAUUGAGGAAUAUACACUACAUUUAUUUUAUUUAUUUAUUUCACCUUUAUUUAACCAGGUAAACCAGUUGAGAACAAGUUAAUGACCAAAUGUAUGUGGACAUCUCAUUCCAAAAUCAUGGGCAUUAAUACAGUCGUAUUAAAAAGUUUGGGCACCCCUGACAAUAUCCAUGAUUUCCAUUUUUAAAUAAUUGGGUGUUUGGAUCAGCAAUUUCAUUUUGAUCUAUCAAAUAACUGAUGGAUACAGUAAUAUUUCAGUAGUGAAAUGAGGUUUAUUGGAUUAACAGAAAAUGUGCAAUAUGCAUCAAAAACGAAAUUAGACAGGUGCAUAAAUUUGGGCACCCCAACAGAAAAAUCACAUAAAUAUUUAGUAGAGCCUCCUUUUGCUAAAAUAACAGCCUCUAGACGCUUCCUAUAGCCUCUAAUGAGUGUCUGGAUUCUGGAUGAAGGUAUUUUGGACCAUUCCUCCUUACAAAACAUCUCCAGUUCAGUUAGGUUUGAUGGUUGCCGAGCAUGGACAGCCCGCUUCAAAUCAUCCCACAGAUUCUCAAUGAUAUUCAGGUCUGGGGACUGGGAUGGCCAUUCCAGAACAUUGUACUUGUUCCUCUGCAUAAAUGCCCGGGUAGAUUUUGAGCAGUGUUUUGGGUCGUUGUCUUGUUGAAAUAUCCAGCCCCGGCGUAACUUCAACUUUGUGACUGAUUCUUCAACAUUAUUCCCAAGAAUCUGCUGAUAUUGAGUGGAAUCCAUGCGACCCUCAACUUAAACAAGAUUCCCAGAACCGGCACUGGCCACACAGCCCCACAACAUGAUGGAACCCCCACCAAAUUUUACUGUGGGUAGCAAGUGUUUUUCUUGGAACGCUGUGUUCUUUUGCCGCCAUGCAUAACGCCCCUUGGGCGCCAUUUGUCGUAUCGCGUCGAAUGCUGGAGCUCAUUGCUGUCAAACAAAGGAGUCCGCUCAUACUGAACCUGGAUCAUAAGUUUUAUUUAUAUCACAAGCUUUCAGCAUGAGUUACAGACUUGCAGGGUCUGGAGAGCAGUGUCCUCGAAUUCUAAUGGCUGCUCUGACUUCUACUUCGUCCUGCAUAUACUUAUAAACAAUGCAAACAGAUGGGUUGCUCCCUCUUCUGGCCAAUCACCAGUCUCCCCUGGGGCGUCACCCCACAACUGGCUACUUUUGACCUAACAUAAACAACAUUCCAUUUCUUCAUGAAAAACAUUUAACAAAGGCAUAAUCCUAAUACACUACAUUUAUGACCAAAUAACUCAAUCUUUGUUUCAUCAGUCCACAGCACCUUAUUCCAAAAUGAAGCUGGCUUGUCCAAAUGUGCGUUUGCAUACCUCAAGCGACUCUGUUUGUGGCGUGUGUGCAGAAAAGGCUUCUUCAGCAUCACUCUCCCGUACAGCUCCUCCUUGUGCAAAGUGCGCUGAAUUGUUGAACGAUGCACAGUGACACCAUCUGCAGCAAGAUGAUGUUGUAGGUCUUUGGAAGUGGUCUGUGGGCUGUUUUUGACCGUUCUCACCAUCCUUCGCCUUUGCCUCUCCGAUAUUUUACUUGGCCUGCCACUUCUGGCCUUAACAAGAACUGUGCCUGUGGUCUUCCAUUUCCUCACUAUGUUCCUCACAGUGGACACUGACAGCUUACAUCUCUGCGAUAGCUUUUUGUAGCCUUCCCCUAAGCCAUAAUGUUGAACAAUCUUUGUUUUCAGGUCAUUUGAGAGUUGUUUUGAGGCCCCCACGUUGCCACUCUUCAGAGGAGAAUCAAAGAGAACAACAACUUGCAAUUGGCCAACUUAAAUACCUUUUAUCAUGAUUGGAUGCACUUGUCUAUGAAGUUCAAGGCUUAAUGAGUUUACCAAACAAUGGUGUGUUCCAAUUAAUCAGUGCUAAGUAGUUACAGGUAUUCAAAUCAACAGAAUGACAAGGGUGCCCAAAUUUUUGCAUAGCCUAUUUUUCACAUCUGAUUUAAUUUCAUACAACUUAAUAUUGCUACACAAAAAAUAUUUGUCUGGACAAUACCCCAGUACUACCCCAGUACUUAGAAAAUGAAUGGCAUGCCACUGUGAUCAUUUUCUGUGACGACAGAGUAAAUGAUUAUGCAGCCUCAGAGGGGUACCCAAACUUUUUCAUACGACUGUAUGGAGUUAGUCCCCCCUUUGCUGCUAUAACAGCCUCCACUCUUCUGGGAUGGCUUUCCAGUAGAUGUUGGAACAUUGCUGCGGGGACUUCCAUUCAGCCACAAGAGCUGUGAGGUCAGGCACUGAUGUUGUGCGAUUGGGCCUGGUCAGUCGGCGUUCCAAUUCAUCCCAAAGGUGUUCGAUGGGGUUGAGGUCAGGGCUCUGUGCAGGCCAGUCAAGUCCUUCCACACCGAUCUCGACAAACCAUUUCUGUAUGGACCUCGCUUUGUGCACGGGGCAUUGUCAUGCUGAAACAGGAAAUGGCCUUCCCCAAACUGUUGCCACAAAGUUUGAAGCACAGAAUCGUCUAUAAUGUCAUUGUAUGCUGUAGCGUUAAGAUUUCCCUGCACUGGAACUAAGGGGCCAAGCCCGAAGCAUGAAAAACAGCCCAAGACCAUUAUUCCUCCUCCACCAAACUUUACAGUUGGCACUAUGCAUUGGGGCAGGUAGCGUUCUCCUGGCAUCCGCCAAAUCCAGAUUAGUUCGUCAGACUGCCAGAUGGUGAAGCGUGAUUCAUCACUCCAGAGAACGCGUUUCCACUGCUCCAGAGUCCAAUGGCGGCGACCUUUACACCAUUCUAGCCGACGCUUGGUUUUGCGCAUGGUGAUCUUAGAGUUGUAUGCGGCUGCUCGGCCAUGGAAACCUAUUUCAUGAAGCUCCCGACGAACAGUUAUUGUGCUGACAUUGCUUUCAGAGGCAGUUUGGAACUCGGUAGCGAGUGUUGCAACCGAGGACAGACAAUUCUUACGCACUUCAGAACUCGCCGGUCCCGUUCUGUGAGCUUGUGUGGCCUACCACUUUGCGGCUGAGCCGUUGUUGCUCCUAGACGUUUCCACUUCACAAUAACAGCACUUACAGUUGACCUGGGCAGCUCUAGCAAGGCAGAAAUUUUAUGAACUGACUUGUUGGAAAGGUGGCAUCCUAUCCACUAAUUGGAAGGGGUGUCAACAUACUUUUGUAUAUACAGUGCAUUCGGAAAGUAUCCACAUUUUGUUACGUUUCAGCCUUAUUCUAAAAUGGAUUAAAUUGUUUUUCCCCUCAUAAAUCUACACACAAUACCCCAUAAUGACAAAGAAAAAACAGGUUUUUAGAUUUUUUUUGCAAACGCAUAAAAUAAAAGAACACGGAAAUAUCACAUUUACAUAAGUAUUCAGACCCUUUACUCAGUACUUUGUUGAAGCACCUUUGGCAGCGAUUACAGCCUCAAGUCUACUUGGGUAUGACGCUACAAGCUUGGCACACCUGUAUUUGGGGAGUUUCUCCAAUUCUUCUCUGCAGAUCCUCUCAAGCUCUGUCAGGUUGGAUGGGGAGCAUCGCUGCACAGCUAUUUUCAGGUCUCCAGAGAUGUUCAAUUGGGUUUAAGUCCAGGCUCUGGCUGGGUCACUCAAGGACAUUCAGAGACUUGUCCCGAAGCCACUCCUGCGUUGUCUUGGCUGUGUGCUUAGGGUCGUUGUCCUGUUGGAAGGUGAACCUUCGCCCCAGUCUGAGGUCCUGAGCGCUCUGGAGCAAGUUUUCAUCAAGGAUCUCGCUGUACUUUGCUCCGUUCAUCAUUCCCUCGAUCCUGACUAGUCUCCCAUUCCCUGCCGCUGAAAAACAUCUCCACAGCAUGAUGCUGCCACCACGAUGCUUCACCAGGUUGGCAGACGUGACGCUUGGCAUUCAGGCCAAAGAGUUCAACCUUGGUUUCAUCAGACUAGUGAAUCUUGUUUCUCAUUGUCUGAGAGUCCUUUAGGUGCCUUCUGGCAAACUCCAAGCGGGCUGUCAUGUGCCUUUUACUGAGGAGUGGCUUUCGUCUGGCCACUCUACCACAAAGGCCUGAUUGGCGGAGUGCUGCAGAGAUGGUUCUCCCAUCUCCACAGAGGAACUCUGGAGCUCUGUCAGAGUGACCAUCGGGUUCUUGGUCACCUCCCUGACCAAGGCCCUUCUCCCCCGAUUGCUCAGUUUGGCCGGGCAGCCAGCUCUAGGAAGAGUCUUGGUGGUUCCAAACUUCUUCCAUUUAGGAAUGAUGGAGGCCACUGUGUUCUUGGGGACAUUACAUGCUGCAGACAUUUUUUGGCACCCUUCUCCAGAUCUGUGCCUCCACACAAUCCUGUCUCGGAUCUCUACAGACAAUUCCUUCGACCCCGUGGCUUGGUUUUUGCUCUGACGUGCACUGUCAACUGUGGGACCUUAUAUAGACAGGUGUGCGCCUUUCGAAAUAAUGUCCAAUCAAUUGAAUUUACCACAAGUGGACUCCAAUGAAGUUGUAGAAACAGCUCAAGAAUGAUCAAUGGAAACAGGAUGCACCUGUGCUCAAUUUCGAGUCUCAUAGCAAAGGAUCUGAAUACUUAUAUAAAUAAGGUUUUUCUGUUUUUUAUUUGUAAUACAUUUGCACAAUUUUCUAUAAAACAGUUUUUGCUUUGUUGUUAUGGAGUAUUGUGUGUGAAUUGAUGAGGAAAAUUUUUUAUUUAAUCAAUUUUAGAAUAAGGCUGUAAGUAACAAAAUGUGGAAAAAGUCAAGGGGUCUGAAUACCACCAAGCCCUAUAUGAACCAUGGCAACAUUGCCCUCCUGUGGUAGACCAGUAUAUUGUACAGCUCUCUUUGUGCUCAAUACACUUUCUGAAAAAUGAAUGUGAAAGGUAUAGUCUGAACUGGUUUGGUUUUUUGUUGUCUGUUUAUGUGCAUGUGUGUGUUUUUCUUUCAGAAGAUGCAUGUGUGAGGGUAUCCCUGUGUGUGUUUAAUGGAUUCUAACCUGUGUGUGUGUGUGUGUGUGUGUGUGUGUGUGUGUGUGUGUGUGUGUGUGUGUGUGUGUGUGUGUGUGUGUGUGUGUGUCCUAUGCAGGUGAUGAUCAGUGGGGAGGAAUGGCACUAUAUCGCCACCCAUGGACCGCUGGCCAACACCUGUGCAGACUUCUGGCAGAUGGUCUGGGAGCAGGGAGUCAACGUCAUCGCCAUGGUUACUGCCGAGGAGGUACACUACACACAUACACACAUACACACACACACACACACACUGGUUAGAACCCAUUAAACACACACAGUAUAAAGAGAAACAUCAGUGGAUUGAAGGCCUUGCCAGGUUUCAGAACAGUGAAUUAUUGAAUGUGUGAAUGUGUGUGAUAUAUUAUUAAUAUGCAGUGAGAACACAGUCAAAACAGAACACAGUGGUGUGUGAAUAAUGAAGGAGCAGAGCUUGGCUGAUGUUUUAUUCCAUACACACUCUGUGACCAGUGUCCUCAGCCCCUCAGAAGUCGUUUUACAUUGUUCUCUAUGUUUCAAAAGGGAGUGAUAUGGCACCAAUAUGUCAUAGUAGAAUUGUGUGUCAGUGUGUUUGUGCCUGCAUGCAUGUGUAUCUGUGUUCCUGCACCUGUGACCAUGUGCGUUUUUCCUUGUCGGUAUGCAUAUGUUUGUAUAUCCACCCCACAUGUACAUUAACCUUACAUUCAACCUCUGUCUGCCUCCCUCUCCUCUCUCUCAGGAGGGUGGUAGGUCUAAGAGCCACCGCUACUGGCCCAAGCUGGGCUCCAAGCACAACUCAGCCACCCACGGCAAAUUCAAGGUGACCACCAAGUUCCGUACGGACUCAGGCUGCUACGCCACCACAGGGUUAAAGGUCAAACACCUGCUGUCGGGCCAGGAGCGCACUGUGUGGCAUCUGCAGUACACAGACUGGCCAGACCACGGCUGCCCCGAAUACGUCCAGGGAUUCCUCUGUAAGUCACACCUAAAGGACUUUAAAUUACUUUAAAAGUCUGUAGAUUCUCUUCAUUGACUUUGUUUAGUUUAUUCCACAAAGAGAAUGGAGUAAAAGGGAGCCCUGUGUAGUGGCCAAAUGCAACACUGCAACUUAGAUGUGAAAACGGAAUAUUGAUUAAUAUGCAUUGUCCCUGACAACUAAAUGAGAGAGAAGUAUGAAUUAAUAGGACUGUUCUGGCCUGAAAUAUGAUUGAUACAGGACUACAUAAAAACCCCUCCCUCCCCCUUCUCCCUCCCAGCUUACCUGGAGGAGAUCCAGUCAGUGAGGAGACACACUAACAGCAUGCUGGACACCUCCAAGAGCCUCAACCCCCCUGUGGUGGUCCACUGUAGCGCUGGGGUGGGCCGCACCGGGGUCGUCAUCCUCACCGAACUAAUGAUCAGCUGCCUGGAGCACAACGAGGUGAGAUUAAUGCUGUCACUGUUACUCUCCAAAAUGUUACACUGUUACAACAGCAUGUAUUGUAUAUCAUCACCUCCAGAUAGUUUGGGAUAUUUGUGUAUGGACGCCUCCCAUAUGGCCUCAAGUAUGGUCCUGAUUUAUAAUGUAAUUGUACUGUACUUAACUUGACUGUGAUUUUUUUUCUCCGCUCUGAUCUAGAGAUAAGUCUAGCGAGAGAGAGAGCGAGAGAAGGCCUAGACAGAUAGCGAGAGCGAGAUCAGCCCUGAGUCUCGCUCGUCGUAUCUCUAUCUCUCGCUAGCUCUAUAUCUAUCCGCUAUCUCUCUCUCUCCUCUCUCUCUCUCUCUCUCUCUCUCGGUCGUCUCAGGAUGGUGGAGGUCCCUAUGAUGGUUGAGUCACCUGAGGCAGCAGAGGAUGCUCAUGGUCCAGACCAUUUCCCAGUACAAGUUUGUUUACCAGGUCCUCAUCCAGUUCCUCAAAAACUCCCGUCUCAUC